GAUUAUUUACCUUGAAUUUAAACCCGAAUUGGAAAUUUCGUUUCGUAAUAAAGAUUAACGAAUCGGUUUUAACAUCAAUUUUCAAUUCUGCUGUAAUUCUCGCAAAUCCCUUCGAACUGUUUUAUUUAGAUAAAAAUGGAAUAAUUCAAAUUAUCAGCGAGCAAACAACUGCGUAAUGGAUGAUAAAAAUAAAUCGAGAGAAAUUUAAUGAUUGUUGUUUGUUACACCCGUACAAUUUACAUUGGAACAAUCCAUUUAUCUUCGAAUACAGAAAUUACAUCGUCUCGUAUUAAUCAAGGAAAAAUGGCAGCUUACUAUUGGGUGGACAGCAACGCUCGCGGAUCCGUCCCGAGGAGCGCCCUGAAGGGCGGCUUCGACGUCGACGGGUACGAAAUCUUCGUCGGAAGGGCCUUCCACGAGGGCGAUUGGCUACCGGCCAAAGUUAUACCCGGCAAACAGAUCGCCUAUGUGGCCUAUAACGGGGCCGAAAUCGGCGUACACCAAUUCCAAGUCCUCUGCGAGCAACAAUUCGAAUGGGUACCCUCCAGUGGUGGAAACAUCCCCCCAGAUGCAGUCGAAGGGGGUAGGACCUCAGAUGGGGAACCUCUAUAUGUAGGCAGGGCACACCACGAAGGCUCCUUAACCAUAGGAAAAGUUCACCCGAGCCACGGUUGUUGUUACAUACCAUUCAAUGGCGGAGAACACGCUCAUCAGUCAUACGAAAUCCUCGUUCUCAGACAAUAGAAUAUUUUACUUGAAUAAAAUAAAUAAUAAAAAGAAAAAAACCGAGCUCGAACCUAACAUUAUUUAGCGACGCCCUGUACAUAUAUAUUGUCCUAAACUUCACCGGAC